AUGGACGACGUUGAAGUUCCUCCAAGCAAUUCAAUCGCUAGAAGUGCUGCUGAAACUCAUACAUUACCGGAUUUAUUAUCUGAAUCAUCUGAUUCUUCCAUUGAUUCUAUUCCAAUUGAUCAAACUGAUUUUACCUCUCCUGAUGGUGUUCUGUCCACUGAACCUGUAUCGAAUCCUAUUAUAGUUCAAUCAUCAUCUGAAUAUUUUCCUUCCUUCAAUGAGUCUGAUACCACUGACGACACUUUUACUUCUGUAUAUGAUCCACUUGAUUUAGCUACUGAUGCUCAUGGAUUGGCUGAUUGA